AUGUCGGUGGAGCACCGCUUGCUAUUGGUGAUUCCGGUCAAUAAUCAGGACACGACUGUGGCGGAUUACAUGUUGUACAAGCACGAACGCCGCCUACGUUACCCAGGCUUGCCGUGCGUUAUUGAGCGCCGUAUUGGUGGCAAAGACAAACGCCCGUACAACAGUUUCCAUCCAAUGGAAGUCCUGGAAGUUGUCAAAGGACAGCGUGUUGACAUCAAAAAGCAAACACCUGAACUGAUUCGUGUUAUGAAUUCGCCCAAAGCCACCGAUGCAAUUGUGCAGUUCCCUCCGGCGAUUGUUUACAACAACGGCAAAGUGGAACCGAGCGCAAAUGGUGAUCUGGAUUGGCGUCUCUCAGUACCACGUGGCAUGCAGAACAAGAUAUUCUUCCGCCCAGCGACCGCACCGCGUCGUUGGGUUGUGUUCAUGUUCCAGCGUGCUGUUGAUCAGCAAGCUGCCGAGUUAGCGCAAAAUUUUUCCUAUUUUUCCUACACUGGAUGUAUGUUUGCCGAUCUGUGCGGUACGAUUUCUUUAGCUUUCACGUUGAUUGUGCUGUGUAUGGACCAGACAGCAAUUAGUAUGUUUGCUUGUGAUGUCAGUACGCAGCUCGAAGUAAGUCGCUUUAUUGCCGCGUACGUGAAUCGCUCGCGUGACCACGGCAUCCAGAUGCCGAAUCCAUCACGUUCGGAAGAGUACGAUCGCACCGACAUGAGCUUCCUCAUCGAAAAAAUUGAAUUUAUGCGCAAGAACGGCGUUGAAUACAUCUUGUUCAUCACUCGAGAUAAGCACGAUCCUGUGCAUGGUAAGGCAUUGGAUAUUCUUCAAAUGGUUUUGGGUGAAAUAAGCCCAACUGCAUCGGUGCAUUGCUCGUUUUGA